ACACACGAGAACCCGCCCACCAAGAAGAUUGUAAAUGGCCAAGUCGGAGACCUUGAGAAAAGAGCUAGAGAAGCUGGGAUGGUUAGAUUUGAGCACAGCAUCUCCCGAAUAAACUUCCCAGCGUCCCUCUUUCGUGCAGGCACCUCACGGCAGAGGGGCUCGCCCGAUGCGAGGCGCUGUGCGAACAAAAGAACUUCGAACCGACGGCCAAGAACGUGGAAAAAGUGGCGCUGGACCUGGAUCUGAGAUCAAUCGGAGAGCAGGCUCUAUCAGAUGACGUCGCUAGGAACACGAAACACGAGGUGGAAGGUCCGCUGGUGCUGCAGGUACAGAGGGUGAGGAACGUGGCGCUGCCGUCCACCAGGCAGUUCUCCAGUAGUGCAAGUCGACGACUGUUGAGAGUUCAGUUGACAGAUGGACGAGUGUCUCUGGGUGGCGUGGAGAUGGAGGGAGCCAUACCGGGCCUCAGGUCUCCAUCUUCUUUCUCCUCUCUCUCUACCUCUUCCAGUGCCGCUAACUAACACAGAUUUUUCCACAUUUUAAUGAGUUUUAGACGAAUUUACGAAAUGGAAGAGAAAAGAACUGUUCCCUUCUAUUUCCCUCCAUUUCUAUCGAUUCUCGCAUUCAUGUGCAUGAGUUUUCCUUUCAUAUUAUGACAAGAAAUUUUGCUGUGUGUGUGUGUGUGUCUAGUACCCAGAGUCCACCAGGUACAAAAGUGUUGCUACUGCAAAAGGUGGAGGCUCAGAAAGGGUUUCUAUUGCUCGGCAAGAACUCCCUCGAGGUCCUGGGUGGACGUGUGGAGCAUCUGGUUCAGAAAUGGAGUCUAACAAAGAUCAUGCCAGAUGAAUUGGGCAGGAGUGCUGGAGGAAGUAAUGACGCACCACAAUUUCUCCCUUUUGGGAAAUCUGCAGGAGUAAAGACUGCAAAAGGGCAGGACCAACUGAAACACCACGAGAAUAAGAGAUCUAGUGUAUCGACAAGAGAAGCAGUCGUCAGUUCCAUGACCAGGGAAGACGAGAGAGAAAAGAUGGAGAUGCCACUCAGUGAAGAAAUUACGUUUCGAAAGACUCCACAGAAUCGGGAGUUUAAUCAGAGCAGAAGUGGGCGGGGCCAGUAUGGUCGACCCGCUACAGAAGGUGCUCGUAAUUACAGGGGCGAUACCGGAGAGGGGAGCGAUGGGAGAGGGAGAGGUAGGGGGAGGAGAGGCAGAAGAGAGAGGGAAGACUGUUACGACCAGGGAAAGAGAUCAGAGAGCUCCAUGUUGUCGGACUGGUUGGAGCAGAAGCUGACAGUCUCUUCAAAUUAUGGGAGUCAGCAACCAGACAUGUCCAGAGGGGGAGAAGAGGAUUACUGGGAGGAGGUGUGGGCUUAUCAAGAGAGCCUUGCAAUUGCAGAGAGCAAGGAGCAGUGGAAGAGAGAGGAGAGGGAGAGGGGAGAGAGAGCUGGAGUGUCACACAGAGGAGGGUGGGAGAAUGAGGGAGAGGUGAGGGAAGGAAGGAGGGGAGGUGUGGGAAGGGGGGUGCAGGGAGGCAGGGAAAGAGAAACAGACUACAGGUCACCCAGAGGAAGGGGCUCGGGGACCCUGACAUCACAGCAAUAUGAGGAUAAUGAUGAUGGCAGGGGAAGAAAUGGAGGAGAGAGAUCAGGACGACACCGGUUUGAAAGAGGAGAGAAUGAAGAUAGGUGGAGGGGGAGAGGUGGAGGAAGAAGAGGAAGAGGGGGGAGGCUGGAACACGGCAGCAACGAACAACAGUACUAUGGUGGCCGAGAGAGAGGAGGGAGAGAAAGGGGAGGCGAUGAUUUCAGAGCAAUUGGGCAGAAAAGUGAACUUGGCAAUAGUGGGCAGGAUUGGAGAAGGGAGUUCUUCACGGAAGAGUUUGGCCACUCGAAACAGCAGCACUAUUCCAGGGGAAGAGGGAGAGGUGUAAGAGGAGAGAGGGGACAAAAACAGAGCGGAAGAAAAGAGUUUGGCAGUAGAUAUGAACCAAAGAUGCUGGAACAGGACUCGAUGACAGAGGAACAAGCAGGCAGCGGUGGAGAGUGGCCUAGUGUGAGUGCUACAGUAGCUGCUGCUCCAUUGUCAACAGAAAGCCAGCAGUAUAGCUGGGGCUGGGUCCAGAAAGGAGCCCCUUUGAGAGCAAAGAAAGUUGGACUGUAACUCCAACAUUACCGACACGCAGAAAAAUUGACUAUUUUCAUUCAAAUGAAGUAUGUGAUAUGAACGAAUGCCACAUGUACAAGUUUACCGCCCCAAACUGCUGCAAGUGAUGUUCACGCAUUAUCCUGCCCUGCAUUGGAGCAGAGACAUUAGCCAGCCGGUUAGUUGGUUACAUAUUAUUAUAAUAUAGAAAAAUCGCACAAUUCAGACGACUGGACUUUUCUUGCCAAUGUUCAAGUUCAGUUUUGGCUUGCUUGAUGGUAGUGGUUGAGUCUGCAGAAAGAAUAGCCAACGCAAUUACACAGAGCGGUGGUUAGAGAGAGUGAUUGAUGACCUGAAUAGAAGGGCCUUCCCCCUCUCGUUGCCGAGGGCGAGAUAGCGAGAGAGAGGGGAGAGGUGGAGGGAGGUGGGGCGGCCGAGGCGACUGUGGACGUGCGGCCAGUUGGAGAACACUGUUAGUGAAGACAAGUGGACCUACAGGCGUAUGACGAAAUGGGCUCUAGCUACAUGUGUCAUGAAUAGGGCUAAAACACAGAAUGAAACUUUAUAAUGAUCAUGCUAGCAUUUUUUACCUACUAUAUACUACAUACAGUAGUUCCUAUAGUUUACUGGGUGCUAAGAGGUGUGUGCAGUGAAG